GCGACCAGCAGACGCGUUAGUGGUUUUGUUUUUGUAGUCGAUGAGGAGCGACGCGGCUUGAGUGAACCUCUGGAACCCGGACUUUCACCUGAGACCGAGAAACGGGGCAGCUGCUAUGGGUGCCGGUUCGAGCACCGAGGCCGAAAGGGAGCCGCUCCUCGCCCCGAGCCACCCGGAGGCGGACAGUCCGCCGGUCAACAGCCGAGUGUACGGCCGAAGAUGGCUGGUUCUGACCCUGUUCUCCCUGCUGGCCCUCAUGCAGGGCAUGGUGUGGAACUUCUGGGGUCCCAUCCAGAACUCGGCCGUUCACGCGCUCGGCUUCACCAAGUCGGACAUCGCGGUCCUGGUUCUGUGGGGCCCGGUGGGCUACCUGCCCUGGUUCUUGUUUAUGUGGCUCAUGGAUAAGAAAGGUCUGCGGGCGUCCCUCCUCCUCUCCACCUUCUUCAUGCUGCUGGGAGCAGCUCUGCGCAGCUUCCCGCUGACAGACCAGCCUCUCCGACGAUGGCUGAUCCACGGAGGCCAGCUCCUGAACGGACUCGCCGGUCCCACCAUCAUGAGCGCCGGCCCCCUCCUGUCCACCACCUGGUUCGCCCCGGACCAGAGGGCCACCGCCACGGCCGUGGCCUCGCUCUUCUGCUACCUGGGGGGCGCGGCGGCCUUCGUGGUGGGACCUCUGGUGGUCCCCGCUCCAACGCACCCUGGCGGGACGUGGCGGCGGCGGGGAGUUUCCGACAGCACCAUCCGAGACCGGAUCCAGCUGGUUCUGUAUGCAGAGCUGGCCGUCGUGGCGGUGCUAUUCUCGGCGGUGCUGGCUCUACUUCCCGUCUCGCCUCCGAUGCGCCCAGUGUUGCGGCUGCGAGCCAUGAGGUUGGGCUACAGGAGCAGCACCCUGCGUCUUCUCAGCAACCUGCGCUUCCUGAUGAUCGCUCUGGCCUACGCUGUCCCCACUGGAGUGUGGGCCGGCUGGUCCGGAGUCCUGGACAUGGUCCUCACGCCCGCUAAAGUCAGCCAGGUGGACGCAGGCUGGAUCGGGUUCUGGUCCACGGUUGGCGGAUGUGUGUUUGGAGUGGCGAUGGCGAGGUUUGCAGACUCCAUCCGUGGGAUGCUGAAGCUGAUCCUGGUGCUGAUGCUGGCCGGGGCCUCGCUGUCCUCCACCUGGUUCACCCUCACCUGUCUGAGCAGGGUCACCCACCUGCCCUCCACUGCAGCCAUCCUCUACACCUCCUGCAUCCUGCUGGGCAUCUUCAUCAACAGCAGCAUCCCCAUCUUCCUGGAGCUCUUCAUCGAGACGGUGUACCCGGUGCCUGAAGGCAUCACCUGCGGGGUCGUGACCUUCCUGGGGAACCUGGUCACCGGCCUGCUGCUCUUCUUCCUCACCUUCUACUGCACAGACGUGUCCUGGUUGAACUGGUGUCUCACCGGAUCCUGCCUCUUCAGCCUCGUCCUCAUCCUCUUCUUCAGGGAGUCGUACGACCGCCUCUACCUGGACGUCUUCGUGUCCGUCUGAGAGGAGUCCACCUGCAGCGCAGAGACAAGGGACAAAGGACAGAAAAGGACAGAAAAGGACAGAAGGGGACAGAAGGGGGACGCUGCAGCAGCAGAGGAGCACAGGGAGGCGGAGGUCCUGCUGUAAAUAAAGGGACGCCUGGCGACGGACUCCAUGUCCACCGUCUUUCAGGACUCAGCCGCCAGACUGCUGGAGACGCCGUCACUUCCUGCUCUGGUCCUGGUUCUGGUCCCGGUUCUGGGUUUUCCUGUAAACAGACUGAAUUUGGUUUCCUCACGGUGGACUGUCAUGGCGUCAUAUUUCCAUUUGUCCUAAUGUCUCCGGAGCGACGGGACUCAGCAUCAGGACCGGCUGGGACCGGCUGGGACCGGCUGGGACCGGCUGGGACCGGCUGGGACCGGCUGGGACUGGCCGGGACCAGCUGGGACCGGCCGGGACCGGCUGGGACUGGCUGGGACCGGCUGGGAGCACCGGGGAGGCUGGACCGGCCUGUCAUGGAGAGCCAGGUCCUGCGACCCUUCUGACGGUUGGACGCCAGAGAGACCGGGACCGGCGCCCCCCGCUGGAGGCUUUGGGUUUCUCUGUAGUCUGUCUGUGACGGGUGUGUGUGUUCCCUGGGUGUGUGUGUGUUCCCUGGGUGUGUGUGUUGUUCUCUGGGUGUGUGUGUGUUCUCUGGGUGUGUGUUGUUCUCUGAACGGUGUGUAUUUAUAGGAAGUGGGCCACAGGAGACCUGUUGAUCCCAUGCCCCCCCCCCCCCCCCCCCCUUGAGACUUUUACCUGGUCCUGUGACCGGCGGCGUCCCCCGGUCCCCCGGUCCCCCGGUCCCCCGGUCCCCCGGUCCAGUCCUCCGGCCCGGCGGCGGGCUGCAGAACCCCUGCUGGGUUUCUUGUUCCGGUUCUGAAAUCUGUUUCCAGCACCUUCAAUAAAAACGUUUUCCAAACUGAGGCCUGUGUUCCUGAUCAGGACCAACCUGCUCCGGGAUGAGGACCGGCCUUCCACCUGCUGCCUGCGCCGAGCUGAGAACCAGACGGAGAACCGGACCGUCCCGAGGCCUCCGGUUCUGGUUCUGGGCUCUGCAGCCGGUCCGGAGUCCAGACCAGAGAGGAGCCGCUGACUCAGAAUGAAAACUGACGUCGAGGUUUUGUCUUAGAAUGAAGAACCGCGGUGAAACGGCUAAAAC